AUGGACGAAGAAGAUCCCGGACUGCAGUUCUUCCCGGAUGGCAACGUCGACCUCUACGGCACACUCGGCGUAGCCAAGGAGGCGACUCAGGAAGAGAUCAAAAAGGCAUACAAGAAACUGGCACUCAAGUUCCAUCCAGACAAGGUGCUCUCCAACUCUGCCUCGGCUGGCGGUCAAGAUGCCAUCCAGCAGUUCCAGAAGAUCGGCUUUGCCUAUGCCGUGCUCUCCGACGAAGUGCGACGUCGCAAGUUCGACAACACUGGUUCGACCAAGGAGCUCAUGGUAGGCGAGGGCGAUGCGGAUUUCGACUGGAACGAAUACUUCAAAGAGCUCUGGACCGGCGAAGUGUCACGGCAAACGCUUGACGAGUUCAAGAAGAAGUACCAAGACUCUGAAGAGGAAAAGGAGGACAUCUUGGCCGCCUAUGAGGAGACGGAAGGCGAUCUAGCGGGCAUCUUUGAACACGUUCCCUGCAGCGAGUUCCUCGCUGACGAGGAUCGAUUUGUCCGCAUCAUCGACGAUGCCAUCGAAGCGGGAGAGAUCAAAGCAACAGCGACGUGGAAGCGAACUAAGAAGGACGAAGCGGGUCGGAAGGCGCUGCGUCAAAAGGCACAGGGCGAAGCAGCGGAAGCGGAAAAACUGGCAAAGGAGCUCGGUGUGUGGGAUGAUCUCUUUGGCUCUGGCAAAGGAAAAGGCAAGCCUGCUCGUGGGUCGAAAGCGAGUGCCGACUCGAAGAACGGAAGCAAAGGAGGCAAGGCAUCCAAAUCCAAAUCGAAGGCCGACGAUGCGGGAGACGACGACGAUCUUGCUGGUCUCGCAGCGUUGAUCCAGCGCAAAAACCAGAACCGCGUCUCUCAGUUCGACGACAUGAUCGCCAAACUCGAGGCAAAAGCGGGUGUCAAAGAGAAGCGCCCGAGCGACGAAGAAUUCGACCGCAUCCAGGCAGAGAUGAUGGCGCGCAAGAAUGGUGGCAAGGAGAACAGAGGGGCAGACAAGAAGCGCGCUUCCGCUGCUCCGAGUGGCGCCUCGUCCAAGAAGAAGAAGAGCAGCAAGUAG